GAGUGAUAUAGCGCGGCGGGUCACAGCUGGCCUGAGGUGUGUUCGUGCAGGUCGCCCCAUCGAAAUAAGAGGCAGAUAGACGCGGAUUUUCUUACUCUACCCGGAACUUGGAGCAUUUAAAGGAGAGGACGGAGGUUGAAAGAUGGGCGACACUGUGAUUCCUGCAGCCUUCAAGGGGGCGGGACGGUCCGAGGGACUCAAGAUCUGGAGGGUCGAGAAAUUGGAACCAAAAGAAAUUCCAGCGGCGACCUAUGGGCAGUUUUUCACAGGCGAUGCAUACAUUAUACUCAAGAGCAGAAAAACUGGGAGCAGCCUGGCUCACGACCUCUACUUCUGGCUGGGCAAGGAGUGUUCACAGGAUGAGGCUGGUGCGGCAGCCAUGUUGACGGUUGCCCUUGACGACAGCCUGGGCGGGGCGCCCAUCCAGCAUCGGGAGGUACAGGGCCACGAGUCCAGCGCCUUCACCGGCUGCUUCAAGAAGGGAGUCACUUACAAACAAGGAGGUGUUGCCUCUGGCUUCAAACAUGUGGAGAUAAACAUGAGCAACGUCAGACGACUGCUGCAUCUGAAGGGCAAGCGCAACGUCAGGGCCACUGAGGUUCCCAUGGAAUGGAAGAGCUUCAACGAGGGCGACAGUUUCAUCCUGGACAUCGGGAACGCGCUGUUUGUCUGGAAUGGAGCCAAGAGUAACCACAACGAGAGGCGGGCGUCCAUCAUGUUUGCGACCAGCGUGCGUGACAGCGAGCGCGGAGGACGGGCCAAGGUGGCCGUGGUUGACCCCGGUGACCCCACGCCGCCCGCCAUGGAGAAGGUUCUCGGCGAGAAACCCUCCAAACUCGCCGACCCGAUUCCCGACAACGACGUCAAAGUGGCUCGCGAGGACCAGCAGAACACCAAGCUUUACCAUGUGUCUGACGCUAGUGGUCAGCUGGUCAUGUCAGAAGUGGCCAAUCGUCCGUUGACCCAGGAUCUUCUGAAAACCGAGGACUGCUACAUCCUGGACCAGGCAGGACAGCGAAUCUUUGUGUGGAAGGGGAAGGGAGCCACGCGAACGGAGAAGGCUGCUGCCAUGAGUAAUGCUCUGGGUUUCAUCAAGGCGAAGGGCUACCCUAACCACACCUGCAUCGAGACGGUGAACGAGAACGCGGAAAGCUCGCUCUUCAAGCAGAUGUUCCAGAGCUGGAAGGUCAAAGGUCAAACUGUGGGCAUGGGAAAGAGCCACUCCAUGGGAAGGAUAGCGAAAGUGGAGAAUGUGUCGUUUGACGCAGCGACGCUCCACGCUCACCCUGAACAGGCAGCUCAGCAGAGGAUGGUCGACGACGGAACUGGCAAAGUCCAGGUGUGGCGUAUUGAAGGGCCAGAGAUGGUGGAGGUGAAGUCCAGCACGUACGGACAGUUCUAUGGCGGCGACUGUUACAUCGUCCUGUAUACCUACCAAGUCCGCAACAGGGACGCCUACAUCAUCUACUAUUGGCAGGGUCGCCAUGCCUCGAUAGAUGAGCUGGGUACGUCUGCGCUGAAGGCUGUUGAGCUGGACGACCAGUACAGCGGUGCUCCUGUACAGGUCCGUGUCACCAUGGGCAAGGAACCCAACCACUUCCUCGCCAUCUUCAAGGGCAAACUCAUCAUCUACGAGGGUGGUACCUCCAGGGAGGGCGGCCAGUCGGAGGCAGCUGACACCAGACUGUUCCAGGUCAGGGGCACAGACGAGUCCAACACUAAAGCUAUCGAGGUGCCAGCGAGAGCCGCCUCCCUCAACUCCAACGACGUGUUUGUUCUCCAGUCGCCCAGUAACGUACACCUGUGGUACGGCAAGGGCGCUAGCGGAGAUGAAAGAGAGAUGGCAAAGACGGUGUCUCGUCUGAUCUCCAAACGCGACCCUGAGAUCGUGAUUGAAGGUCAGGAGAAGCCAGACUUCUGGAAUGCCAUUGGAGGCAAGGCCCCCUAUGCCUCUGCCCCACGUCUGCAGGAGGAGGACCAGGACAACCCAGCGCGGCUGUUCCUGGUGUCGAACGCGACUGGCCGUGUGGUGGUGGACGAGAUCAGCGACUUCACGCAGGAUGACCUUGAGGAGGACGACGUGAUGAUCCUGGACACCUGGGACCAGGUGUUUGUCUGGAUCGGCGCCGACGCUAACGUCACCGAGAAACAGGAGUCCCUACGCAUCACCAAGGAGUACCUGGACACAGACCCCAGCGGCAGAGACCCCGACACUCCCAUCAUCAAAGUCAAAAUGGGAUUCGAACCCCCGACCUUUACUGGCUGGUUCAUGGCUUGGGACCCCUUCAAGUGGAGUGAAGGGAAGAGCUACGACCAACUGAAGGCAGAAUUUGGAGAUGCCAGUGCUGUUGUUGACGUGACCACUCUGAUCACACAGAGUAUGGCAAAAUCAUCGAUUGACGGAAAGUCUCCAAAGAAAGGCUUCAGCGCAGGGGCAGGAGAACCAGUGAGGGAUGUUGGGCAGAUGAACUUGAAUGGAAACUUCGUGCCGGGACAGACCUUCUCCUACGAAGAGCUGAUUGGAGAGGAGAUUCCUGAAGGCGUCGACCCAACGAAGAAGGAACUGUACUUGUCAGAUGAAGACUUUGAGAGUAUUUUCGGCAUGUCCCGAGACAAGUUCAACAGUCUGGCCGGCUGGAAGAGAACAGGCCUGAAAAAGGAGAAGAAACUUUUCUAGACGAGAGAAAGAACUUAAAGAAGCCAGCCAGCUGGCGCCGUAGCUAUGCACCGUAACCAACCGGGUGAAACCAUGGGAACCAGCACUGCAGGGGUGGUCAGGUUGUUUAUUUUUGCCGACCUUACUUAAAUGUAAUACCUAAAAUAACGUUUGAUUUUGAAAGCACACAAAAUAAAAAUUUAUCUCGAAAAAAGAAGAUACAGCCUAGGAAUAAGUUAGUACACUGUGUAAAGUGUGCAUCGCAUAUUUGUGAUGUGGGUAAUACCUAAAGAAUUUGACUGUCUUGACAUAUUACCCAUAAUAUAUCACACUGUGAACUAGCUUCUUGAAAUUGUCAAUGAUAACAUAUGGAAUUUGGUGGCAGACAUAGGAUGGAGAAAGUCUAUUUGGAUUUUGGACCAUGUAAAAGAUCCUACAUAAUGCAAAAAAAAGUGUUGAAAGUUUGAAUGUUGUGUCCCCUGGAUUGCUGAUAAACCAUGUAUUGCCGAUGCCUUACUUAUAACAGAGAUAGGUAAAACCUGUGUGUACACAUGUAUUGUAUACACCGAGCAGAAAUUUAAGAAUUAUGGACUAAGUUUUUGUAAGAGGGUGAUUUUGUAUGUAUCCAUCUUUAAAGAGAAAUGAACUUAAUAAAUGGCAACUUAUUAGUAUAUGGCUUUCCAACAGAUGUCAUUCCAACUAAACAUGUAGGAAAAACUGAUGAACAUCAAUGCAAUAAUUAUAGAGGCUUGCUGUGUACACAAACUCAUUUUAGCCCAAUGGACCAUUCUGAAAUGAUAACAUUGAUACUGGCUUUUUCGGUAGCUGUACUAGGUACAACUUGACAUAUAUAGUGUUAGAAAAAUGCAUGGAAGUUGAUAUAGAUAUUCAUGGAAGCAAUAAUUUUGUUUGCAUGCAGCAUUUUUACUUCUUUUGUGUAAUUUUGCCAGCUUUUGAGGGGCAUGGUGUCAAAAUUGUUCACAAGAAUCGCACCACAAGUAGGCAUGCAAAAAGAGAUGGUGAGUUCUAUAGCAUCAUGCUGACCAAUGGUAGGAGGGAACACAAGAGAUUUAUUAACCAAUCAGAGUGUGUCAUACAUAAAUGAUCAUAAUUGAUUGACAGGUAGUUCAGAAGAGAAGAUUAUGCAAUACAUCAUUCCAGCUGACUGCAUCAAAGUAAUCCACAAAUUUCUCAAAUGCAGUUUUCGCCAUUAGCUACUUAAGACUUAAGAAACGCUGUAAGCUAUUCACGCUUAGCACUUAAAGAUUAGAAAGAUAUUCAAAUGGAUGAUACUAUGAUAUUGUACUUCUUAAAGAUAGAAAUUAAUUAUCUAAAAGCCUUUACUUUGAUAUUGAGCCACUAGAAUAAACUUCUAGGGUUAUAAGUCUCUUUGUAGAAAGAUUUUGAUUAUGUAGCUUUUCAUUGAUAUACGCUGGUUACCAUAUAUUGAAGCAUUCCAUACUAUUAUCAUGUAUAACUCUCUAAAUAGAGUAUACAUUAGGUAACGUAUACUGGAGAGUGUAUGUGCUUAUUGGAUUUCUGUAUGGUUUUUUCCUUGUUAUGUAGUUUUACGUAUAUAAUUUUUGUACUGAUUUUGCGGAAUGAGCAUCAGAUUGUAAUUGAAACGUGCAAUUUGAGUCAUUUUUUCCUGACUCCCUGCCACAAUAGCCGACAGAAGAGGAUUUCUGCACGAAUUGAUGAAGCAAAUUAAUCAUAAAAAAAUUGAUAUUCUUCAGCGUUAGAUAAAUUGCACUGUCACUGUGUUAUCAAAAGCUCUGCGUCGAAAAUAUUGCUUGAUAUUUGUAUGUUCUGCAAAGGUAUACCCAUCAUGAUCACAUGAGAACCAAUGAGGUGCUUGCUUACAGAUCUUUUUGUUAAGUAGACCAAUCAGAGCUUGCGUUCCUUCUGUAGAGUUGUGACAAUAAAGGUCUUUGUAACAAUGA